GGUCAGGAGCCAGCUUUUCAUUGGUCAUAAUGUGGCCCCAGAGAAGCCCAAUGAAAUCUGAAAUGUAGAUUCUUUAUUCCAUAGGCUUGUACUGAAAACGCAAGUUUCGUGUAUGAACCAAUGGAAAUGAAAGGUAUUUUGAGUCCUAAUUUACAUAAGGUGGUUAUAAAAGGCUCAGGUCCUCUGGCUUCCAGUUUGUUUUCCCAAUUACUCCGCCCCUUUGUGUUUUAAUCAUGCCUGAGCCGGCUAAAUCCACUCCGGCUCCCAAGAAGGGCUCUAAGAAGGCUGUCACCAAGGCUCAAAAAAAGGACGGCAAGAAGCGCAAGCGCAGCCGCAAGGAGAGCUACUCCGUGUACGUGUACAAGGUGCUGAAGCAGGUGCACCCCGACACUGGCAUCUCCUCCAAGGCCAUGGGCAUCAUGAACUCCUUCGUGAACGACAUCUUCGAGCGCAUCGCAGGCGAGGCUUCCCGCCUGGCGCAUUACAACAAGCGUUCGACCAUCACUUCCCGGGAGAUCCAGACGGCCGUGCGCCUGCUGCUGCCCGGGGAGCUGGCUAAACACGCCGUUUCGGAGGGCACCAAGGCGGUCACCAAGUACACCAGCUCCAAGUGAGGCGCAGCCAGGAUGAGGCGCUCGCUGACCCUUUUGCCCUCUGAAGGCUGUUGCAGAGCUACCCGCUUAAUUCGGGGAAGUUUUGUCCACUUGUAUCAGUUUCUGGUUCCUAUUCCAAAGUUACUUUCAGGGUCUUGGAGAAUGUACUCUUGAGUGUUAAGCAUUUGUAGUUUCGAGGUCCCCUGAGCUGCUGUGCAUUUGGCCGUAGAGCUCACGCCCCAUUUAGUUUCUUGGAGUUCUUAAGCUAGGGCGAUGAAUGUCGGCCUCUGCCGGGUUUCUUCCGUGUUCUAGACUGUUGUGUUCGGGCGCUUUUUUGUUUAUCGACCUAAAGCGAGAUGACUUGAUUACUUUGGCGGUGAGAGGCUCCGAGACACACCUAACUUGACGAGUGCUGUGUACCAGUCAUCGACAACUGAAGCCGCUGGGUCCAGUUUAUGUGUCCUGGGUGCCGGCGCUUCCUGUACUUAGGGCUGCAUCCUCGCCUUCCGCGUUGCUGCGGGUUUGGUAGAAGUCUGUUGGGGUUCUCCCUCAGGCUUUAGAAUCCCAGGAUUGUGGGUUUCUUUUCUUUUUCCCACUUACUACUUUGCGUUAACCGCUGCUCAUUUUCGCUCUGGGCCCAUGAAGCGAUCUUUCUAAUUCACCCAGUCAAGGAGUUGUUUUUCCUGCCUGUCGUGUCUCCCCUGUCUGGUUUGCUUUCUUGUUCUACACUGUCUCUGAUAAAGCUGGCCUGAUGUUCUGAUACCUCAGAACCCAUAAAUGGCCUGGCACCGCAGAUGCCUAAGUACUUGUUAAUUGUAAUUUUAAUUUCACUGCUUUUGUGGCUGAAGUCGGUGUGUGUGUGUGUAUGUGUUUGUGUGUGUGUGUGCGUGCGCGCGUUGUCCGUUUGAUGUAUGUGAAGACACGAUGGAACAGAAAUGUUUGGAGUAUUCUUUCUCCAAAUCUGUCUUUAUUAUAGUUAAUGUGAUGGCUGUUCUUGGUUGUCAACUGGACUACAUCUGGAAAUAACUAAAACAAAAGUGACAGUACACCUGUGAGGGAUUUGUUUUCUUAAUUAAAUAAUUUGAAGUGAGAAGAAGCACUUUUUGAGGUGGGAAGAGCCACUUUGAACCUGGGCCACACCUGCUGGCAGCCUGUGUGAAGGACAGGAAGAAGGGAGCUUGCUCUUCGACUGCUCUUCCUGACAAGAGUUCCUUCACUGGCAUUAGAGCCUACUUCUGGAUUCUGGCAUAUUCUGAAGACCAGCCGAGACAUCCAGCCGUCAACAACUACCCGGUUCAUGCACCUUCCGUUGGUAGGCAGCCAUGGUUGGACUAACUGGACCCCAGCCUGUAAGCCAUAUAUCUAUGGAAAAAAUACAUAUAUAUUUCAUUCUAUAA